AUGUUUCUUAUGCACCGCGCGCCUGACACAGCUCUAUUUAACGCAAUACGUGCUCCUUGCUGCCGGAAAUUCUUUGAUUGUCCUGAAUGCCAUGCCGAAACACAAACACACCCGCUGGCAAAAACAACAGAGUUGGCAUUUUUGUGCAAAAAAUGCAGACGAGCAUUCCGGAAAGAUAUGGCCGUGUAUGAACAAGCAGACGAAUACUGCCCACACUGCGACAAUCACUAUGUGAUUGAAGCCAAAACGCCGCAGCUAAUGCUUUCAGUUGAAGGAGAUGACGGCCGUGUAGACCCAAGUAUCAUACGUGACGAUCGGAUCAGUAGCAAGGGUGUUGAAUCGUCCCAUGUGAACAAAAUUGACGAAGGAGGGUAUCAGGCAGCGGCUAUUGAGUUCCAGCGUCAGCUUGCUCAAGGUCGUCGAAAUGGUGCAGAACUAUCGUCAUCUUCGAGGACGUCUGAUAUACCGAGUAUGACAGACUUCCGUGAUGACGAACUCGACUGGGACUAA